AUGGAGGGAGGCCUUGGGAUCAGACUCCUUGAGGAAUUUGAGAUGGUUUUCAGGUUGAAAAGGCUUUGGUUAUUUUUCUACGGGUCAGGCUCUCUUUGGGUUCCAUGGUUAACAAGUAAUAGAUUCAAUGGAAGGAGUUUAUGGCUUAUAAGUGAUGCGCCAAGGUUUUCAAGCACUGUGAGGAGUAUGCUUCAGCUAAAGGACCAACUUCAUAACUUCCUCCGAUGCAGAGUCGGAGAUGGUAGCACAGCCUUGUUCUGGCAUGAUUACUGGACUCAGCUGGGUCCUUUACUUCAACCUUACGGAGCCACGGGUCCCCGUUCUCUAAGGAUUCCGCUUAACGCCACCGUCUCUCAAGUAGUCAACAAUGGUCAUUGGUAUCUACCGACAGCCCGUUCUGAACUCGACGUAACGCUUCAGAUCAUCCUAUCUACAACGACAGUCCCGUCUUCAGCUCACGGUCCUGACGUAUAUUUGUGGAGGAAAAGAUCUGGGGGUUUUGGUUCAUCAUUCUCUUCUAGGGUGACUUGGGAAGCAAUUCGAACUCCUAGUCCUCUGGUUCAAUGGUAUUCAGUUGUUUGGUUCAAAGAGGAAAUUCCUCGUUGUUCCUUCAUCUCUUGGACGGCUUUCUUAGGAAGACUACCAACUCGUGAUCGUUUGAUCUCAUGGGGUCUAUCUGUUUCUCCAGGUUGUGCUUUAUGCUCUUUAGCUGAUGAGUCUAUAGAACAUUUGUUUUUUCAUUGUCCAUUUGCGGUUGCUACUUGGUCUCGUUUCUGUGGCAGGUACUUGGCGUCUCCUCCUGCCUCACUUGCUGAAGUUGUUCUCCUCUGCCAGCAGCUCCCUGGACCUCAUGCCUCCCGGGCAGUGACUGUGCUCAAGCUUCUCAACCAAGUGAUCAUCUACAACCUUUGGCGCGAAAGGAAUGCUCGCAUCUUCACCAGCGUGUCAUCUUCUGAAGAGCCGUUCUUUCGAGUAGUGGACCGUGCCAUGCGUGAUAGACUGCUCUCAUUAUCUCGGCCUUCUUCUUCGGCUCCUCAUCCUUCUUUGUUGGAGUUGUAUUUUUGGUUCCUUUCCCCUUUUAGUUAAUGCUAUUCUCUUUAUAUUGCUCUCUCCCUUGCUCCUUUUCUUUCUUGUAAUAAGUUGUGCUUCACAACAUUGUAAACUCUAAAAAAGUGGUAUAAAUCUUAACAUUUACACCAAAAAAAACUUCUCUAAGCUCUGCGUCGACACUCCAAAGAAAAUCCAAAUCUCGAAACUUGAUCAUCAUGGAUACUCGGCUUAAACAUAGACGAAGAUUGAUUCCAAAUCAGAAUCAAGAAGCGAGCUUUACUAGCAAUAAGAGAAAUCCAACCUCUAAAUCAAACGGAUAAAUAAGUUCAAACAGAAAGAUGAGAGCAAAAUUUAUUCAACUCAACUCAAGAUCAAAGAACAAAACAAAGUCGUGAAGAGAAGCUUUGAUUUUGAGUUGAAAACAAAAUCGCCUAAGCGAAAAAGAAAUCCGCUAACGGAACAAAAGAUUCGAUCUAUUGAUCGAAAUUUAUACAAAACAAAACAUAAAUCUUCUUCCUUGUGAAAGAUUUGAUUUUGUGAACAAGGAAGAAGAAAGAGUUUUCUCACUCUAAAGAAAGAGAGAGAAGCUCUUUUGUAUAUAAUCACAUCAUCUAAAGAAUCCAAAUCACCCGCUAUGCAAUAAAAUAUGUGGAUUAAAAUCAGUUGCAGAGCCAGCCUCAAUUCUGACUGGGGUCAAUUAAAAAAUAUAAACGAAUUUUAAUAUUUUUUACAUCAAUUAAAAUAAUAUAAAUAUUGAAUAGGUUAAAGUGAUUUACACACACAUAUAUAUAUAUAUAUUCCCAAAUAAUAUCUUCGAUAUAUAUCCAAUCUAAAACAGAUUUAACCUUGUGAGCUAAAAUGGUUCAAAAAUUGUUUCCAAAUGCAUGUAAAGUUCUACACUAUUUUAUGCCAAAAAUCGUUUCCAAAUCGAUUUACGCUAUUUUAACGAAUUUUUUUUUCAAAUGCAUGUAAAAUUCUUUUUGGCAUAAAUCUAUAGAGGUCAAGUGACCCCCCUCUCCUACAGAUGCCUCCGCCCCUGAUUAAAAUAGAUAAAUUUUCAAUACCAUUUACUACAGUUUUUUAUUUUGUUUUGUAAUAUAUAAUUUUUUUCUAUUUUGUUUAAUAAAAUUAGAAUAGUACUAAACUUACAUUUUGAUAUACAGAGUAAAAUGGUAUGCCACUGCAAAUAGAGCAUGGUUCAAGUUGUUAUUUUAUCUAUAGAUCUCACACAGAUUUCCACAUCCGUUAAAUACGAAACUCAAUCUCAACCGCUUAUUACUACACUUAAAAUCCUAAUCAAUAAACACAAAUCCAGUUAUAAACCAGAACACAUAUUUAUAAUCUUUUUAAUAAAUUAACAUUUGAAAAUAUUAAAUUAUAACAUAAAUUAAAAAGUGUUAAGAUUUUAAAAAUAUUAAAUUAUAACAUAUAAAACUGAAAUAGAAUAACUUGUAAAUUAAAAAAGUGUUAAAAUUGAAAUUUUCAAAUAACUAAAUUAAAAAGUGUUAAAAAGUUUAUAUUCUAAUAAAGAGAAUAUCAUGACAUACUAUUUUUAUUAGUUGUAAUAAUCAACUUUUAAAUAUAAACUAUAAUCAUUAUAAAUAGAAUAAGAGAAAUUGGCUGAAGUCUACACUUGAAUGAAUGUGGUUAACAAAAAAAAAAAUAGAGAUAAGAACUAGCAUUCUUAUUGAGACUAGAAUUCAUAGGAAAGAAAAUCGAUUUAUGGAUGAAAUAAAAUAUGCAGUAUUUAUAGACAAAAGUAUUCGGUUAUUGUGUACGAGUUAGUUAUAAUUACAGAAUUAGAUUUUGACCCGCGCUUUGAAAGCGCGGAUUUAUUUUUGUUUUUUUUACAAUUGACAAAUAUUU